CCUUCACGCCGGCAUCUUCAUCUCCAUCCUCAUCAUCUCUGCGAGCGGCCAAAGCCGGAUCGGAACCGGCUGGAGUUUAAAAAAAACCUGGAUCGCGCUGGACCAUUUUUACGCCAUUUUUACGCGCAGCCGAGUUCCGCCCGGAGUCGCCUGUGAUGCACGCCAAGUUCUCUUGCCUGACUCUGGAGAUCGAACCAUGGGGCGCGGACCGACCGUGUUGGUUAUGUGCUUCAAUCCAGGAAGUCGGCUCAAGGAGAACUGGCUUCUGAAUCACUGAGGAAAAACUUCAAGGAGCCCUCUCACCUGUCCACUUGACACGGGGAUCUGAUAUUGCUAUCUUCGGCCGGGAGCUUAGAUAUCAACCAUUGUCGACAUUUGAGCUGCUCGGGAGGAAAAACAGGGAUAUUUCCAAGACCAUGAUAUGCGGACGAUAAUAUCCAGCAGAUACAAUUUACAAAACUAAUCAAAUGGUUUUGACACCCUAAGGACUUCUAUCCUAUUGCCUGCUGGUGCUUUCUGUGAUCUUCCACAAUGAAUCCAAGCAGCUUCUUUGGGCAAGCGGUCCUGCUGCUAAGUACUGUCCUGGGCCAGAGUGCGGGAUUAGAGUUUACCGGCUCCGAGGGUCAGUGGGCUCGGUACCUGCGCUGGGACGCCAGCACCAGAAGCGACCUGACCUUUCAGUUCAAGACAUCCCAGUCCGAAGGCCUCGUCAUGUACUUCGACGACGGCGGAUACUGCGACUUCCUGCUCCUCACCUUGACCAGGGGGAGGAUGCAGCUUCUCUUCAGCAUCGACUGCGCCGAGACCACCAUCAUGUCCGACAAGAUGGUCAACGACAGCCGUUGGCAUUUCGCGGCCAUCAACAGGCAUAACUUGCGGACCGGCUUGGCGGUGGAUGGCCUGACCAAGACGGCGGAGGUGCGUCCUCAGAGGCAGUUCAUGAAGAUCGUCAGUGACCUUUUCCUGGGGGGGCUGCCGGGGGACAUACGUACAUCCGCCAUCACGCUGCCCUCCGUCCGCGAGCUUCCGCCGUUCCAGGGGAUCAUCACGGACCUCAGCUACGGGAGUAAGCUGCCCACGCUCAUCAACAGUCAGAAAGUGCGCUUGGAAAUGUUGGGCCUUUGCACCGAGAACCCGUGUGAGAACGGCGGGAUCUGCUCGCUGGCAGAUGGAGAAACCUAUUGUGACUGCUCCAGAACUGGAUUUGUAGGGCGACACUGCACUGAAGCAGUCCAGAGAACACCAGGCUUCGCACACCUGAAGGCAGAGCAAGCGAGGGAGGAGAACGUGGCCACCUUCCGCGGCUCCGAGUACUUCUGCUACGACCUGUCGCAGAACCCCAUCCAGAGCAGCAGCGACGAGAUCACGCUCUCCUUCAAGACGUGGCAGCGCAACGGCCUGCUGCUGCACACGGGCAAGUCGGCGGACUACGUCAACCUGGCGCUCAAAGACGGCGCCGUCUCGCUCGUCAUCAACCUGGGCUCCGGGGCCUUCGAGGCCAUCGUGGAGCCCGUCAACGGGAAGUUCAACGACAACGCCUGGCACGACAUCAAAGUCACGCGCAACCUGAGACAGCAAUCAGGCAUUGGACACGCUAUGGUGACCAUAUCCGUGGAUGGAAUCCUCACCACCACGGGCUACACCCAGGAAGACUACACCAUGCUGGGCUCGGAUGAUUUCUUCUAUGUGGGCGGGAGCCCCAGCACCGCGGACCUUCCUGGAUCUCCCGUCAGCAACAAUUUCAUGGGCUGCCUCAAGGAGGUGGUGUACAAAAACAACGAUAUCCGUCUGGAGCUUUCCCGCCUGGCCCGGAUCGUGGACCCGAAGAUGAAACUGCAAGGCGACGUGGUCUUUAAGUGCGAAAACGUUCCCACCUUGGACCCCAUCAGCUUCGAGACCCCGGACUCCUACCUGGCUCUGCCAAAGUGGAACACCAAACGGGUGGGCUCCAUCUCCUUCGACUUCCGAACUUCGGAGCCCGACGGCUUGAUCCUUUUCACCCACGGCAAGCCCCAGGAGCGCCGCGACGCCAAGUCCCAGAAGACGAAGAAGGUGGACUUCUUUGCCGUGGAGCUUCUGGACGGAGUGCUGUACUUGGUGCUGGACAUGGGCUCUGGAACCAUCAAGGUCAAAGCCACGCAGGCGAAGGUCAACGAAGGCAGCUGGCACCAUGUGGACAUCCAGAGAGACGGCCGCUCAGGCAUCAUCUCCGUAAACAGCCGCCGGACACCUUUCACGGCCAGUGGAGAAAAUGAGAUCCUGGACCUGGAGGGGGAUCUUUAUCUCGGCGGCCUUCCCGACAACCGCGCGGGCCUGGUGCUCCCCACCGAGCUGUGGACCGCCAUGCUGAACUACGGCUACGUGGGCUGCAUCAGGGACCUGUUCAUCGACGGACGCAGCAAGGACAUCCGGCAGAUCGCCGCGUCUCAGAACGCGACCGCCAUCAAGUCGUCCUGCGGGAAGGUGACGGGGAAACAGUGCGACAGCGGUCCCUGCAAGAACAGCGGCGUGUGCAAGGAGGGAUGGAACCGCUUCAUCUGUGACUGUGCAGGAACAGGAUUCUGGGACAGUACCUGCGACAGAGAGGCGUCCAUCCUGUCGUACGACGGCAGCAUGUACAUGAAGGUGAUGAUCCCCGACGUGGUGCACACGGAGGCCGAGGACGUGUCUCUGCGCUUCAUGUCCCAGAGGGCGUUCGGCCUGCUCAUGGCCGCCACGUCGCGCGAGUCCGCCGACACGCUGAGGCUGGAGCUGGACAGCGGCAGGGUCAAACUGACGGUCAACCUAGACUGUGUCAGGAUAAACUGUAACACCAGCAAGGGUCCUGAGGUUCUUUAUGCCGGACAAAAGCUCAACGACAACAACUGGCACUCGGUGCGAGUGGUCCGCCGUGGUAAAAACCUCAAACUCCUUGUGGAUGACGACAUGGCGGAAGGUCAAAUGGCGGGCGACCACACCCGGUUGGAGUUCAACAACGUGGAGACGGGCAUCUUGACAGAGAGACGCUUUGUGUCGUCUGCACCCUCCUCGUUUAUCGGACACCUUCAGAGCCUCAAGUUGAACGGCAUGCAGUACAUCGACAUGUGCAAGAACGGGGACAUCGACUUCUGCGAGCUCAACGCCCGUUUCGGCAUGCGCUUCAUCGUCGCCGACCCCGUGACCUUCAAGACCAAGGGCAGCUACCUGGGCUUGGCCACCCUGCAGGCGUACACCACCAUGCACCUCUUCUUCCAGUUCAAGACCACCUCGCCCGACGGCUUCGUCCUCUUCAACAGCGGCGACGGCAGCGACUUCAUCGCCGUGGAGCUGGUCAAAGGGUUCAUCCACUACGUGUUUGACCUGGGGAACGGGCCGAGUCUUCUGAAGGGGAACAGUGACAACCCGCUCAACGACAACCAGUGGCACAAUGUGGUGAUCACGCGAGACGCUGCCAACACUCACACCCUCAAAGUGGACUCCAAGUCUGUCACCCAGAAUGUCAACGGGGCCAAGAACCUGGAUUUAAAAGGAGAUCUGUUCGUUGGAGGUCUGGGACCCAACAUGUACCAGAACCUGCCCAAGCUGGUGGUUUCUCGCGAAGGCUUCCAGGGCUGCUUGGCCUCGGUUGACCUCAACGGCCGUCUGCCAGACCUCAUCAGCGAUGCCCUUUUCCGCAGCGGGCAGAUCGAGCGCGGCUGCGAAGUUGGUUUCACCAAAGCCGACCUGCAAGGCCCCAGCACCACCUGCCAGGAGGACUCCUGCGCCAACAUGGGCGUGUGCAUCCAGCAGUGGGAGAACUUCACCUGCGACUGCUCCAUGACGUCCUAUUCCGGGACUCAUUGCAACGACCCUGGCACCACCUACAUCUUCGGUAAAGGAGGGGGUCUGAUCACGUACACCUGGCCCAAUAACGAAAGGCCCAGCACUCGGACCGACCGGCUGGCGGUAGGCUUCAGCACCACCAUCAAAGACGGCAUCCUGGUCCGCAUUGACAGCGCCCCGCGCCUGGGAGACUACAUCAUGCUCCACAUCGACCAAGGGAAAGUCGGUGUUACCUUCAACAUUGGGACGGUGGACAUCAGUGUCAAGGAGUUGACUACAUCCAUAAACGAUGGCAAAUACCAUUUGGUUCGAUUCACCAGGAACGGAGGCAACGCCACCUUACAGGUUGACAACUGGCCAGUCAAUGAGCACUUCCCCUCAGGCAACAGCGACAUUGAGCGCUAUCAAAUGGCCAAUAAGAAAAUCCCGUUCAAAUAUACCCGGCCAGUAGAAGAUUGGCUUCAGGAGAAAGGCCGGCAGCUGACCAUCUUCAACACCCAAGCGACCAUUUCCAUCGGCGGGAACGACCGGAAGCGGCCCUACCAGGGCCAGCUCUCGGGCCUCUACUACAACGGCCUCAAGGUGCUCAACAUGGCCGCCGAAGGCCACGUCAACAUCCGGGUGAACGGCAGCGUGCGGCUGGUGGGCGACGUGCCGUCCAGCCGGGGCGCCGCACGCACCACCACCUCCGUGCCCCCGGAGAUGUCCACCACCUUCAUCGAGACCACCACCACCCUGUCCACCACCACCACUCGCAAGCAGCGCUCGCCGCCAACCGUCCAGACGACGGACGACAUCGUUUCAUCGGCCGAGUGCUCCAGCGAUGACGAGGACCUGGAGGAGUGCGACUCGGGACAUACAGGAGGGGAGCUAGUCGUCCCCAUUUUAAUGGAGGACCCCAUAGACACCCCUUCUGUGUCCACCCGUUCUUCUUUUAUGACCCUCCCCCCCACCCUCCACCCGCUCCUCACCAUUGUCGAGACCACCAAAGAACCCUCGGCCGCGGCCACCGAGGCGGGGGUGCCUUGCUUGUCGGACCGAGGCGGCGGUGAUUGUGAUGAUGAUGAUGAUGAUGAUGGCAUGGUGAUUUCGGGGUUUGGCUCUGGCGAAGCGUUCGACUCUAGCCUGCCCCCGACUGACGACGAAGAUUUUUACACGCCCUUCUCCCUGGUGACAGAUAAGAUCUUGACCACGUCCACCUAUGAAGGCGGCUACAAAGCCCUCGCGCCCAAGUGGGAGGCCAAGGACUUGAGGCCUAGCAAAGCCUCCGAGGCAGGUAGGACUACAGCCGCCUCGCCCCUGCCCGACCCCCGGGGCACGCCGGCGGCGGCGCCUCCCAAGCUGCCCGCCGGGAAAAUGAACAACCGCGAGCUAAAACCCCCGCAGCCGGACGUCGUCCUGCUCCCCCUUCCCACGUCCUUCGACCUGGACGGCACCAAGCCGCGGGGUCCUUACGUCACCUCGCCCAUGCUGCGCACGGUGCCCGCCGCCUUACCCACGGUGCCCGGCGUGGUGCGGCGUGUACCGCCGGGGGCCUCGGAGGUCAUCCGGGAGUCGAGCAGCACCACGGGCAUGGUGGUGGGCAUCGUCUCGGCCGCCGCCCUCUGCAUCCUCAUCCUCCUCUACGCCAUGUACAAGUACAGGAACAGAGACGAGGGCUCCUACCAGGUGGACGAGACGCGCAACUACAUCAGCAACUCGGCGCAGACCAACGGCGCCGUGGUGAAGGACAAGACGCCCGGCGCCGCCGCCGCCACCAAAGCCGGGGGCGCCGCCGCCAACAAGAGACCGAAAGACAAGGACAAGGAGUACUAUGUAUAGAAGUGGUUUCCUUUUGGACAGUACCAUAUUGGCAACUGGGACUUUAAAAAAUACGAACUCAAGACUUUCUGAGUCGGUGGAAAUUUCCACAAACACACACAAAAAAAAAAAAAAAAACCUCGGCUUGAAAAAGCUGAGUUUUCUGGAUAGACAAUGU